AUGUCAAUGUCAACGUCAAACUCAACCAUGGAUCAUGAGAAACCCGAAGUAGUCUCUCCAAGGGUCUUCGAGUACCUCAGUGAGGCCACCCGCUCGCCAGUUAGUCCUGAUAUCGAGUAUCCUCGAACUCCGUCCAUCGACGAACCAGGCAAUGUUGAUGAACGGAGAGACCCCAAGGGAGAGAGCGUAUGGAGAGUACUAAAGGAGAGACACAUUAACAUGAUAGCAUUUUCUGGAACGAUUGGAAAUGGUCUAUUUCUUGGCUGUGGAACUUCCCUUGCGGUCGCUGGGGCUGGUGGCUCCGUGCUUUCGUACAUUCUGAUGGGCACCGUCAUAUCCUCGAUCAUCUCAUCUCUUUGUGAGAUGACGGCUUUGAUGCCAGUCAAUGCACCAGUUAUGGAGUUUCCAAGACGGUUUCUUGAUCGCGGGGUAGGUUUCGCCGUCGGAUGGAUGUAUUGGUUUGCAUACGCUGUGCUUGCUGCAGAUGAGCUCGUUGCUGUUUCAAAUACGAUAAAAUUCCGGUACGACGACGGGAGGACGUUCCUUAACUGGUCCACUGGGAACAACGUCGAUAAUGCUGUUUGGAUUUCACUCUUUCUGGUGAUUGUGAUAGUGAUCAACAUGUUUCCAGUCAGGGUCUUUGGCGAGCUUGAAUAUGUUUUCGGCUGUAUUAAAAUCACUUUCAUUGUGAUGCUCAUUACUCUGAUGCUCAUCCUGGGUAUCAUGAAGCCUCGAGCGGAUGCAUACUACACACAAACAAUCGGGUCGAGAUAUUGGGACUCGCCUUAUUCAUUCUUCAACCCUACCUACCAUGUGAAGGACGAGGACGGGAACCUCCAGCGAGACAUACAAGGCGCCAUCGGUACAUUCCUUGCAAUGUGGACGACAAUCGUUCACGCAAUCUUCGCAUAUGUCGGCAUGGAUAUCAUUGCUUCUACUGCUGCAGAGAGUAAAUCUUUGGCAGAUGCCGAGAGUAUGAAGAUGGGAGCUCGAAAGAUCAACCUCCGAAUCAUCACGCUCUAUGCACUUGCAAUGCUAAUGGUAUCCUUCGUGGUUCCAAGAGAUCAUCCAUUCAUCAACGGGAAAGCCCAAUCUGUUGGAGCUAAGUCACCAUUCAUCAUCGCUGUUGUGGAAGCAGGAAUCCCAGCCGCAGCCCACUUCUUCAACGCUGUCUUCGUAUUCUCGUCAUUUACAUGCGCUAUUAAUUCUAUGUAUGUGGCAUCUAGAGUCCUGCACACUCUAGCAUUACAAGACCAGACCGGACCCGAAUUCAUUACUAGGAGGCUCCGAGCAUGCAGAUCUGGUGUUCCAAUCCGGGCUGUCUUAGUGACGGCAGGAAUGAUGCUGAUUGGAUAUAUGGGGCGUACUGGAAAUCCUGGAGAGAGAUUGAGUGAACUCGCAUCCAACUGCACAGUUACAUUUUUGAUCGUGUAUGCCACUGUGUGCGGCACUUAUCUGAGUUUCUUCAAAACACUCGAAGAUGUCAAAUUAUAUGGCAAUACUUCUGAAGCCCAAGCUGCCAUGUACGAUCGCGACCAUCCCAGAUAUCCGUACAAAUCGCACGGCCAAUGGCUUAAAGCAGCAUACGGAAUGGCCGCAUGUACCAUUCUUCUCAUCUUCAAUGGUAUUGCCGCAUUCUUAGAUCAUCCCUUUGAUACACGCAGAUUCAUCGCCUCAUACAUCGGAAUCCCCGUAUUCCUCCUACUUAUUCUAGGCUACAAGAUCAAACGUCAUGGACUCCACUUCAGUCAAUGGGGGCCAGAACGCUCCAAUGACCUGCGCAAUACAAUCCAAGCCUCCAGCGAGAAGCGAAAGGGGAAAUUGGAGUUUACUGAUAAUGGAUUCACGAAAGAUAAUGGACGCACAUUCGUCAAUUGGAUUUGGGUGUGGCUGAAGUAA